GGACGCGGCGCGCGGCGACGCGGUGUGCACGGGCUGCGGCUCGGUGCUGGAGGACAACAUCAUCGUGUCCGAGGUGCAGUUCGUGGAGAACAGCGGCGGCGGCUCGUCGGCCGUGGGCCAGUUCGUGUCGCUCGACGGUGCUGGCAAGAACCCAACCCUGGGCGGUGGCUUCCAUGUGAACCUGGGGAAGGAGUCAAGAGCACAGACCCUACAGAAUGGGAGGCGCCACAUCCACCACCUGGGGAGCCAGCUGCAGCUGAACCAGCACUGCCUAGACACAGCCUUCAACUUCUUCAAGAUGGCCGUGAGCAAGCACCUGACCCGAGGCCGGAAGAUGGCCCACGUGAUUGCUGCCUGCCUCUACCUGGUUUGCCGGACAGAGGGCACACCACACAUGCUCCUUGAUCUCAGCGACCUGCUCCAGGUGAACGUGUAUGUGCUGGGGAAGACAUUUCUGCUCUUGGCGAGGGAGCUCUGCAUCAACGCACCAGCCAUAGACCCCUGCCUCUACAUCCCACGCUUUGCCCACCUGCUGGAGUUUGGGGAGAAGAAUCAUGAGGUGUCCAUGACAGCUUUGAGGCUCUUGCAGAGGAUGAAGAGGGACUGGAUGCACACAGGCCGGCGCCCUUCAGGCCUCUGUGGAGCAGCACUUCUGGUUGCAGCCAGAAUGCAUGAUUUCCGGAGAACUGUCAAAGAAGUCAUCAGCGUGGUCAAAGUGUGUGAGUCCACGCUGCGGAAGAGGCUCACGGAAUUUGAAGACACCCCGACUAGUCAGCUGACCAUUGAUGAGUUUAUGAAGAUUGACUUGGAGGAAGAAUGUGACCCCCCCUCGUACACAGCUGGACAGAGAAAGCUACGGAUGAAGCAGCUUGAACAGGUCCUGUCAAAAAAACUGGAGGAAGUUGAAGGUGAAAUAUCCAGUUACCAGGAUGCCAUUGAGAUUGAACUAGAAAAUAGCCGACCAAAGGCAAAGGGGGCCCUCGCCAACCUAUCAAAAGAUGGCUCUGCUGAGGACACUACAUCCAGCCUUUUUGGUGAGGAGGACAUCGAAGAUGAGGAGCUAGAGGCGGCAGCUAGCCACAUGAACAAGGACUUCUACAGGGAGCUCCUGGGUGGCGGAAGUGGCAGCUCAGAGGCAGCAGAAAGCCCUGAAGAGGGCAGCAGAGCCCUGGCCUUGGAGUCCCUGCUUGGCCCCCUGCCCACAGCGGCUAGCCUGGGCAUCUCAGACUCCAUACGCGAGUGUAUCUCUGCCCCGAGCCGGGACCCUGAAGACACCUCGGGGGACGGGGAGCUGGACCUCAGCGGCAUCGAUGAUCUGGAGAUCGACAGAGAGAUCUUAGGGACCUCUUAUAGUGCGGGGUCCCCAGCUGAGCACCUUCACUGCUCUGUGCAGUACAUCCUGAAUGAAUCGGAGGCCCGAGUGAAGGCUGAACUGUGGAUGCGGGAGAAUGCCGAGUACCUGCGGGAGCAGAGGGAGAAAGAAGCAAGAAUAGCCAAGGAGAAGGAGCUCGGCAUCUACAAGGAGCACAAGCCCAAGAAGUCUUGCAAACGUCGGGAACCCAUCCAGGCCAGCACAGCGGGGGAAGCCAUUGAAAAGAUGCUGGAGCAGAAGAAGAUCUCCAGCAAGAUCAACUAUAGCGUGCUCCGUGACCUCAACAGCAAGGGUGGGCGCAGCCCACAGAGCGAAGACGCGCGGCCUGCAGAGAGGGCCAGCUCCAAGAAGCUGUCACGGAGGAGAACUGCAGCCAGCAGGAACAGGGCUGACCCUGGGACCAGCAUAGGGAAGAGGUUGAGGCCCCUGGUAUCUAUGCAGACGGCUAAGAAGGCGGCCAUGGGAGAGGCUGUGCUCCCAAGUCCCCCUGCCCCGGGAGCCGAGCUGGUCAGGCCAGCAGCAGUCCUGGUGGAGAGCGGCCCUGUGUCAUACCACCCCGAGGAGGACGCGGAUGAGGAAGACGCAGAUGAAGAGGAUGGGGAGCCCUGCGUCAGCGCCCUGCAGAUGAUGGGCGGCAAUGAUUACGGCUGUGACGGUGAUGAUGAUGAAGGCUACUGAGUGUGACCUCAAGGCCAGGCAGCAUCCUGGCUCUGGAUCCUGAUUGUCUGAUGGGGAUUGGAUGCCCUCUAGGGCCACUGUUUGUAGGCACGAAUGCCAAGACUAGGGACCAGCCAAACACUGCCCUGCUUGCUUCGAAGCCCUCAUCCCAUGGCCACACGUGGCCUCCAUGGUACUGUGGGAUCAUGUUUUGAGCAAAGUAAGGAAUAUUUCUAUCCAGCAAGGAAAACCAGACUGACUAUCUGCGUGUGUCUGAUUGGACAUGGUUGGGAGUAUCCAAGGCCUUUGUCCCAUGGUGUGUCCCAGCUUCCCAGUCAUUGACUACCCAAGAGCACUCAAAAGCAGGCACAGCGUGUCCCUGUUGUAAGAAAACUGAGGCACAAGGAGGCCUCGCUUCUCGUCAAGCCAGUGGAGGGUCAGGUGGGUCCAACCCUGUGGCUCUAGCACCUGUUCUUGGCUGGUGGCCCAAGUGCUUUCCCCUCCCGUCAUCCCCCAGAGGCACUAUGCUCCCAGUUCCCUGUGGAGCUUGGUGUUCUGGGACAGCAGGGAGCAGGCAGCUGUGGCUGGUUCCUCCCUCACUCAGAGGCUCUUGGGCUCCCUGAGGUUCAGGAAUGCCUACCACCCAGCCAGCUCAGGCACCAGCACACUGGGACCCUGUGUGGGCUUGCGGGGUUUGCACCAGGAGUCUCUACUGCUGUCAGAGGGCAGCUGGUCGAGCUCGUCUGGCAGUGCAGGCCUCUGCAUCUGCAUACCCUCCCUGCCAAUGCCAGCAUGGCCUGUGUGGGGUGCGGGGCCUUGCCUACCCAUCACAUGCAGGGUCGUUUACCUCCUGUCUGAGCCAGGCCCAGGGGUAGGCAGCAAGUCUCAGGUUACCUGACUAGGGCACAGGUCUCAGGCCUUGCUUUCCUGGAUGUGGCCCUGGGAUGGAGGGCAGCCAGGUGCUUGUGCCCCAGUAUAGGCCCCUCAGAAGAGUGACUGCAAUGACAGAACCAUACCAUACUGCCCUUCCUGGUCACCCUCUACCUCCACAUGGGUGGGCUGGCUGUCCAAUGAAGGAUCCAGACCCCAACUUUAGCACAGAGACUGGGUUGGGGCCUUUGAGUCCUUGCAGCCAACUGCUGUCCCUCUGCCUAUACCCUGCAGCCAGUCUGGCCCCAGAGUCAUUAGAAGGCUGGGGAACCAAUUUGUGAAGAAAGAAAAACCUGUUACCUGAGA